AUGAAGCUGUUUCUGGUUCUCACUAUUCUGCUGUUUGAGGUACCCAAAGAUACGGCCAGACCUAGAAAAUGCUUUAGUAAUAUAACAGGCUACUGCCGGAAGAAAUGCCAAAUGGGGGAAAUAUUUGAAACAGGAUGUGUAAAUGGGAAAUUAUGCUGUGUUAAUGAAGGCGAAAACAAAAAAUACCUGAAACCUGAAAAGUUACCUGUAUCUUCAGUGAAGUCUAAUGAGAACAAGGACUAUAUCAUUUUACCCACCAUGACAAUUUUCACAGUGGAGCCAUAAAUCAAGCACUUGCUCCAGAGGUGUCUACUCUUCCUACAUCGAAAGUGCCACCUA